UUGACCCAUUUAUAUUUGUUUGUGUAUUUUGAAUUUCACAGUGUUUCAAGCGGAAAUGAAAAUAAACUUAUUCAGGAAUUUGAAUACCCAGGUUAAGGUGAUGGAGUUUACAAAAGUUGAUACGAAUGGUUUAUCCAUCCCGAACAGACCUAACGAAACAUGAGGCUUGACCCGAUGACGUCGUGUCCGUCAAAAACACAAGCUUUCACUACUAACUCCAAUAUAGUGUAAUAAUACACAAGGCUUAUUCUACCAUUUCAGGGGUUAGCAUAAUAUAACCUUAAUAAGGUCAGUAUUUUGAGUAUGGAUGUGGAAAUAAGGUUAAUCCUUAUCACAGACACACCAAAGGUAUCGUUGUGGAUAAGGGAUGAAUGUAUUCAAGGUAGCAGUUUACUUGCUAUGUUUCUUACGCGGACCUCUGGCGGUUCUUUGCGCUUUGGAAGACACUACGGUUAAUGCACAACAACAACACCAAGUCUAUACUACCAAGGUCCUUAUACUCGGAGCAGGAGUUGCGGGUAUAGCAGCCGCCUCCGUCCUACACGAGGAAGGUGUGGGAUUCAUCGUCCUGGAGGCGAAGGACUACAUUGGAGGGCGAGUGCGAAGCGUAGAGUUUGCUGAAGGGAGGAUAGAGACGGGAGCUAAUUGGAUCCACCGUGCCUCGCAUCCCGACAGCGAGCCGUUUGUGGAGUUGAUGUCAAAAACUGAGUUGAGAGGGUUAUGGAGUGACUACUCGGAUGUGAUUAUAAAAGGCGAACAUGGUGACGUUCUUACUGAUCGGGGACUUAUGGAGGAAUUCUUUCAACUGGUUUCCAAGAAUAAGCACAGCGCAAAAGAACACGGUAAAAGACCUAAGCAGCUUGAUGCAGCGACCUGUCAAACAAGAGCCCGCAACCUGCAACAGCACGAUAUGGCAAAAGGGCAACUUGACCCAGGAAAAACGCUACGGUGCCACAGCAACAGACAACUAACAUGUAAUCUGAGAAUCAAGGCAAGCAACAUGCAACAUGUAAAGAAGAACAUGGGACACGAAAAGGGCGACAUGCAACACGAAAAGAAGAACAUGGGACAUGAAAAGGGCGACAUGCAACACGGAAAGAAGAACAUGGGACACGAAGAGGGCGACAUGCAACACGGAAAGAAGAACAUGGGACACGAAGAGGGCGAAAUGCAACACGGAAAAAAGAACAUGGGACAUGAAAAGGGCGACAUGCAACACGGAAAGAAGAACAUGGGACAUGAAAAGGGCGACAUGCAACACGGAAAGAAGAACAUGGAACACGAAGAGGGCGACAUGCAACACAGAAAGAAGAACAUGGGACACGAAGAGGGCGACAUGCAACACGGAAAGAAGAACAUGGGUCACGAAGAGGGCGACAUGCAACACGGAAAGAAGAACAUGGGACACGAAGAGGGCGAAAUGCAACACGGAAAAAAGAACAUGGGACACGAAGAGGGCGAAAUGCAACACGGAAAAAAGAACAUGGGACACGAAAGGGGCAACAUGCAACACGGAAAGAAGAACAUGGGACACGAAAAGGGCGACAUGCAACACGGAAAGAAGAACAUGGGACACGAAAAGGGCGACAUGCAACACGGAAAGAAGAACAUGGGACACGAAGAGGGCGACAUGCAACACGGAAAGAAGAACAUGGAACACGAAAAGGGAGACAUGCAACACGGAAAUAAGAACAUGGGACACGAAGAGGGCGAAAUGCAACACGGAAAAAAGAACAUGGGACAUGAAAAGGGCGACAUGCAACACGGAAAGAAGAACAUGGGACACGAAGAGGGCGACAUGCAACACGGAAAGAAGAACAUGGGACAUGAAAAGGGCGACAUGCAACACGGAAAGAAAAACAUGGGACACGAAGAGGGCGACAUGCAACACGGAAAGAAGAACAUAGAACACGAAAAGGGCGACAUGCAACACGGAAAGAAGAACAUGGGACAGAAUAAGGGCGACAUGCAACACGGAAAGAAGAACGUACAACAUGAAGAGGGCGACAUGCAACACGGAAAGAAGAACAUGGAACACGAAAAGGGCGACAUGCAACACGGAAAGAAGAACAUGGGACACGAAGAGGGCGACAUGCAACACGGAAAGAAGAACAUGGGACACGAAAGGGGCGACAUGCAACACGGAAAGAAGAACAUGGGACACGAAAAGGGCGACAUGCAACACGGAAAGAAGAACAUGGGACACGAUAAGGGCGACAUGCAACACGGAAAGAAGAACAUGGAACACGAAGAGGGCGACAUGCAACACGGAAAGAAGAACAUGGGACACGAAGAGGGCGACAUGCAACACAGAAAGAAGAACAUGGGUCACGAAGAGGGCGACAUGCAACACGGAAAGAAGAACAUGGGACACGAAGAGGGCGAAAUGCAACACGGAAAGAAGAACAUGGGACACGAAAGGGGCAACAUGCAACACGGAAAGAAGAAAAUGGGACACGAAGAGGGCAACAUGCAACACGGAAAGAAGAACAUGGAACACGAAGAGGGCGAAAUGCAACACGAAAAAGGCAAUAAGAAACUCGAGGAAGGCGAUAUAUAUUUACAAGAAGGUAGCAUGUACCUUGGAGUAGGCAACAAGCAAAUUAAAGAAGGCAAAACGCAAAUUAAGGAAGGCAACACGCAAAUUAAAGAAGGCAACACGCAAAUUAAAGAAGGCAACACGCAACUUGAAGAAAGCAGCACUCAAUUUCAGGAAGACAAAAUUAAGCAAGCAGCUUCGAGAAGCAAGCAGCUUCGAGAAGGAAACACCCAAUCUCAAAAAGACAAUAUGAUUCUUGGAGAAGGCAACAAGCAAAAUGAAGAAGAUUACACGCAGCUUGAAGAAGGCAACAGUCAACUCGAACCCAAACGUCCGUAUCUGGAAGCAUCAAACACACAGUUCGACGUGAGCAAUGCGCAAAUCAACAAUGUAGACAACUUACACGCCGUUGCCACCUCUAUAAAAUCAACAAACAAAACGACAAAGACAUUUGACCAUAAAUUAUACGAUGUUCACAGGAACACAUCUCAGAUGCUGUGCAACAACCAACGCAACGUGCAACAAGGUGUUUGUGAUACCUUCUCCUUCAGACAACACCUUGAGUCACGUGGCUGGCGCAACGACACCCCGAUAAAUAACGCUAUUGAGUAUUUCUUCAUUGACUUCGAAUCAGCUAAAGAACCUGAUAUUGUCUCCUUUUCCCCCCUUCAGCGAAGACUGGACGACUUUCUUGUCUUAGAACCAUAUGACGGGCUCUUCACGCUUUUUAAACCACUUUAUGACAAAUUUAUCAAUAGAAUCGAACUUGAGAAAGAAGUUGAAUCAAUAAGUUACUCUAACGCUGGAGUGACUGUUAAUCUGACUAAUGGAAAUGUGUACACUGCCGAACACGCUAUUUGUACUUUCAGCUCAGGUGUAUUGAACAAUGGACUCGUAAACUUCAUACCAAGACUCCCUAAAUGGAAACAAGAUGCUCUCAGUAAAGUCCCGAUGUCUUUUUACACCAAAAUUUUCUUGAAAUUCCAGAUAAAAUUCUGGGAAGACAAAGAAUUUAUCCUUCAUGCUUCAAAAAGGCGUGGCGACUUUCCUGUGUUCCAGAAUGUUCCAAUAAAUACUAAGGAGGGUGGGGUGCUGAUGGCAACUAUUACUGGUAGUGAGGCGCUGCGAAUUGAGAACCAAUCAGAUGAGGACACUAGAUCUGAAGUCAUGGCAACGCUGCGCCAGUUGUAUGGAGUAAUACCGGAGCCAACAGAAAUGUUCUACGCCCGCUGGUCAAAGGACCCGUAUACAAGGGGCGCAUACAGCGACCCCACCCUAGACGCAAGGCCCUGUGACUUUGACAAUAUGCUUUUGCCGCUGGACACGCUGUUCUUCGCCGGCGAAGCUACUUCCGAGGAAUGGACCGGAUAUAUGCAAGGCGCGUACCUGACAGGUAAACACGCAGCGAAAAGAGUCCUUGGAAAAAGAGCAAGAAGAAAUCCACGCAGCGAAGAGGGUUCUUGGAAAAGGAGCAAGCAAGAAAACACGUAGCGAUGAGGGUUCUUGGAAAAAGAGCAGGAAGAAAUCCACACAGCGAUGAGGGUUCUUGGAAAAAGAGCACGGAGGUAAACACGCAGCCAAGGGGGUCUUUGGCGUUGUUGUAAAAUAAAAUAUUUUUCAUUCAAAAACUUGCGAGAACGCUAAACGAA